UCCGUCCUUGAAUCCCAUUCCUAUUGCUCUUGUUCUCAAACCACCUCAAAUUCAAGCCAUCGAAUCGACAUGGCUGAUCUGGAGAACUCGAAAAAUAGUGACGCCGAAGCCAUCCCAGCAAAGCCAAAGCUUCUAGAAGGUAGCUUAAAAGGAUGGCUAGCAGUUCUAGCAUGUUGGUGCAUCAUGUUCAAUACCUUUGGGUACAUAAAUGCUUUUGGGAUUUACGAGUCAUAUUACAAAAGCACCUUCUUACAGGAUCAAAGCGAUUCAAAUAUUGCUUGGAUUGGCUCGUUACAAGUUUUCUUCAUGUUUUCUGGGGGGUUGGUAUCUGGUCCUCUGAUGGAUCGAUAUGGCCCGAAGGUCAUUAUUAUCCCGUGUUCCAUACUCUUCAUCGUAUCUGUCAUGCUUACGAGCCUGGGCACGGAGUAUUAUCACUUCAUGCUCACACAAGGCGUUCUUGGGGGCGUAAGCAACGGGCUUACCUAUACUCCGACAAUCACUGCCGUGAACCAAUACUUCUUUGAAAAGCGACCGCUUGCGAUGGGAAUUGCGUCCAGCGGGUCAUCCUUGGCUGGCGUGAUAUUCCCAAUUGCACUCAACCGCCUGUUGAAUAACAGUGAGUUGGGAUUUGGUUGGUCAGUUCGCAUCCUGGGAUUCUUGAUGAUGGUGCUCAGUAUAAUAGCCUGCGCAUCUGUAUCGUCGAAUGUGACCAAGAGAACAGGUGGUCCGCUUCUUCUUUGGAAAGCGUGGAAGCAGCCGGCGUACACCCUGCAGAUCACGGGGCUAUUCUUGGUCGUUUGGGCUAUGUUUAUACCGUUUUUCUACAUCCCAGGAUACGCCCAGUCGAUCUCAAUCGAUGUCAACAUGUCUAACUAUCUGAUCGCCAUUUUAAAUGCUGGUUCCUUGAUAGGUCGACUUGUCGGAGGCGUGGUGGCGAAUCGCCUCGGGCAGUUCAACACAUUAGCCGGGGCAUCGAUAAUUUGCGGAAUCCUGAAUUUCUGCUGGCUGUCAAUACACUCUCUUGGAGGCAUGGUUGGAUUCUCGGUGCUUUUGGGAUUUUCCUCCGGAAUUGUCAUCGGGUUGUUCCCGGCUACGAUAGCAAUGACUGCCACAAAGACGAAUGAGAUUGGAUCUUACCUCGGCAUGGGUUUGGGGGUAUUGAGCAUCUCGGGGCUUACGGGGACACCGAUUACGGGGGCCUUGAUUCAUAGAUAUGGGUCGUACGACCCGGCAAUGAUAUUUGCUGGUGUAUGCAGCAUCGUGGGUGCGGUAAUUAUUGCUGGGGGACGGGUUUAUUCCGUGCAAAGCAACUAG